UGCAAUUUUAUCGUCCACCACUUUUUCGAAUUAACGCUACAAGGCUAUAAGAAGGAUGGGUCGCGUGCUACAGAAGAAGAAAAACCGGUCCUCGACGCCGAAACAGAAGCCCAAGAGGACUGGGCAGCUGAAGAGCGGCAAGAAAAAGAUCAACGUCCUGGGAAAUGCCAUCAUCGCUCAAAAUUGGGAUCGCAAAUUGACCCUGACACAAAACUACCGCCGCUUGGGACUCGUUCACAAACUCAAUGCUCCAGCUGGCGGUAGCGAAAAACGGCCGACCAAAGAUGGGCGCAUCGAGGAGCUGCCCGAUGAUCCCCUCCACAUCAGGGGCAGCGCCAAAGCGUCCGCAAAGCAGGCAGUCAUGGGCGAGACCAGGGUGGAACGCGAUCCGGAAACAGGCAAAAUCAUCCGAGUGAUUCGUGACGAAGAGGAGAUUGAAAUUGGCGGCCGCAAAGUCAAACCUUCGAAUCCGCUCAACGACCCACUGAACGAAUUGUCUGAAGAUGAGGCAGCCGAGCGACCCGCUUCAGAAAGAGCCAAUGCCAAGAGCGCGAUUGUUCAACUGCUGGAGCGUCAGGCAGACCAAGAAGGGCAGGCAGUCAGGGCGAAGAAGCCUCGGCACCAGAGCAAGCGGGAGGAGGAAUGGAUUAUGAGGUUGAUCGAGCGUCAUGGAGAGAACUACAGCGCCAUGGCUCGUGAUAGGAAGUUGAAUCCUAUGCAACAGAGCGAGGGUGAAUUGAAACGGAGGAUUCGCAAGUGGAAGGCAAACCACUCCUCAUAGUUUGUGUCUUGAUGCAUUCCAGGCGCAUGCGGCGUUUUUAAUGGGUUGUUGAUAUCAAAAAGUUGUUGUCUAGGCUUCGGUUGUCAGUUUAUACUAUCUGACAGGUCUGCAACUGUUACAUAUAGACCUAUAUCACAUUCACGUCUUACAGAUACCAUACCAAUAUAAGAGUAAGAUGUCG